AUGCCACGAUCCUGCUGCAGCCGCUCAGGGGCCCUGCUGCUGGCCUUGUUGCUUCAGGCCUCCAUGGAAGUGCAUGGCUGGUGCCUGGAGAGCAGCCAGUGUCAGGACCUCACCACGGAAAGCAACCUGCUGGAGUGCAUCCAGGCUUGCAAACUAGACCUGUCGGCCGAAAGGCCCAUGUUCACCGGCAACGGCGAAGAGCAACCGCUGACCGAGAACUCCCGGAAGUACGUCAUGGGCCACUUCCGCUGGGAUAAGUUUGGCCGCCGAAAUGGCAGCAUCGGCGGCACCACGGGGCAGAAACGUGAAGAGGAGCUUGCAGCGGUCCAAGGCCCCGAUUCGCUGGCCGCAGAUGGCCCCGGGCCCCGCGAAGAUGGCGCUGAGCCGGGCCUGCGCGAGGGAAAGCGCUCCUACUCCAUGGAGCACUUCCGCUGGAGCAAGCCUGUAGGCAAGAAGAGGCGCCCAGUGAAGGUGUACCCCAACGGCGCGGAGGACGAGUCCGCCGAGGCCUUCCCCCUCGAGUUCAAGAGGGAGCUGGCCAGGGAGCGGUCCCAGCCGGCGCGCGGCUUGGAAGGCCUGGGCGAGGGCGCGGCGACCCACACCGACCUGGAGUACAGCCUCAUGACGGAGGCCGAGGCAGCGGAGGCCGAGAAGAAGGACAAGGGGCCCUAUAAGAUGGAGCACUUCCGCUGGGGCAGCCCGCCCAAGGACAAGCGCUACGGCGGCUUCAUGACUUCUGAGAAAAGCCAGACGCCCCUGGUGACGCUUUUCAAAAACGCCAUCAUCAAGAACGCCCACAAGAAGGGCCAGUGA